GUUCCGGAAGCCUGGGUACCCCAGGUUCUGCUAGGAAAGGCCAGCUUUUGCAGAGAAAUGUUUCAGAAAAAGUUACCUGGACCGUGGGCGUUUGGUACACUCUUAAUAAGAGAUCUUCAGAGAAGACAUGGCAUCCAGAGAAGAGAAUACAAAGAGUACAAACAGAGUGUUAAGAAUAAGUCAGCUGGAUGCACUUGAACUGAACAAAGCCCUGGAACAACUAGUUUGGUCCCAGUUUACUCAGUGCUUUCAUGGAUUUAAACCAGGGCUCUUAGCCCGCUUUGAACCAGAGGUAAAAGCAUUCUUGUGGGUUUUCUUGUGGAGAUUCACCUUCUACUCCAAAAAUGCCACUGUGGGGCAGUCAGUUUUAAAUAUCCAGUACAAAAAUGAUUUUUCUUCCAACCUGCAAUAUCAGCCACCCAGUAAAAAUCAAAAGCUCUGGUAUGCUGUAUGUACAAUUGGUGGGAAGUGGUUAGAAGAACGAUGCUAUGAUUUGUUUAGAAACCGUCACUUAGCAUCAUUCUGGAGAGCCAAGCAGUGUAUGAAUAUUGUGGUGGGACUUUUAAAAUUAGGUGAAUUGAUUAAUUUCUUGAUUUUCCUUCAAAGAGGAAAGUUUGCAACUUUGGUAGAGCGCCUCCUCGGCAUUCGUUCUGUAUUUUGCAAGCCCCAAAACAUGCGUGAAGUUGGCUUUGAGUAUAUGAAUAGGGAACUUCUCUGGCACGGUUUUGCUGAGUUUCUGAUUUUUCUCUUACCACUUAUUAAUUUCCAAAAGUUGAAAGCCAAGUUAUCUUCAUGGUGUAUCCCUCUUACUGGUGCUCCUAGUAUUGACAAUACCUUAGCCACCAGUGGCAGGGAAUGUUCUCUUUGUGGAGAGUGGCCCAUCAUGCCUCAUACCAUAGGAUGUGAACAUAUCUUCUGUUACUACUGUAUUAAGAGUAGUUUUUUAUUUGACAUGUACUUUACCUGUCCUAAGUGUGGUACAGAGGUUCAUAAUCUGCAGCCUCUGAAAUCAGGAAUUGAGAUGUCAGAAGUAAAUGCUCUUUAA